CUUCAAAAUCUUAUUGAGUUGAACAUUUAUAUGGUGACGUGGGUCAAAGAAAAAAUUGUGUAGCGUGCAGUGCGUUUAUGAGUUGGUAAAAUUUGAAUAUGUUCAAAUUUUUGUUAUAUGUUCUCUUUAUAUCAAACGCCUACUGUUUGCAAAAAAUAAAUGAGGCUUUAAAUAACAAAAAUGUAGAAAGAACAAUCGAUUUGACAUCACAACUGGUAAAAAUAACCGCAACUGUAAAUGUGGAAAACACCGGUAAAGAACUUGCUCGUAGUUAUCUAAUCGCACUUGAGCCCGAAUUGAAUGGCAAUAUUUCAUUCGUCGGAGCAAAAGACUUUUCCAAAAAUGAUUUAAGGGUAAAUCCCAUUCAAAUUGAAGGUAGAAGUAAAGACAUUUUUUAUAAUGUUCAGUUUAGACAACCCGUGGAAUCAGGGAGAACAGUUACAAUUACAAUUGAAGUUGUGCUCAUUAAAGCUUUGGUACCAUAUCCAAGUAGCAUAACUCAAAAAGAGAAACAACUUGUUCGUUAUUAUGGUAAUCAUUAUUUUUACUCUCCAUACACCACACAAAAGCAGAAAACUGAAGUUGAAAUUUACUCCAGAGUAAUUGAGAAUUAUACUAAAUUCAAACCUGUGAACCAGGUUGAUUCUAAGAUCAAUUAUGGUCCAUAUGAUAAAGUAGCCCCAUUUUCGAAAGAUGAAAUGAUUAUUCAUUAUGAAAACAAUGCACCAUUUUUAACAGUAACAAGGAUUGAGCGGGUUGUGGAAAUAUCUCAUUGGGGUAAUAUUGCUAUUGAGGAAGCUAUUGAAAUCUGCCAUACAGGGGCCAAAUUAAAAGGUCCUUUCUCCAGAUAUGAUUAUCAAAGAGAUACAGGCAGUAAUCAUCACAGCAUUAAAUCUUACAAGACAAUUUUGCCUAGUGGAGCUCAUAGCAUUUAUUAUAGGGAUAUGAAUGGAAAUAUUUCCACAUCUGCAGUGAAGGUGCAAAAAGAUUGGAUUGAAUUAGAACUGAGACCACGAUUCCCUCUAUUUGGAGGCUGGCAAAGUUCUUAUGUAUUAGGUUAUAGUAUUCCAAGUUACCAGUACCUUUUCAAAAAGUCUACAGGGGAAUAUUUGUUGAAUGUUAAAGUUUUGGACCACAUUUUUGAUGACAUGUAUGUGGAGGAACUUGAAACCAAAAUUGUUUUACCAGUAGGUGUGUCAAAUAUAAAGGUAAAAUUGCCAUAUGACAUGCAAAGAUUAAGUGAUGGUGUUACUUACAAGUACUUGGAUAAUAUUGGAAGAACUGUCAUUAGAGUAGCUAAAAACAAUUUAGUGGAACAACAUAUCCAAGAUAUUGAGAUAACUUACAAUUGGCAACCCCAUUUGUUACUUCAUGAACCUUUGCUAGUAAGCCUAGCAUUGUUCAUUUUAUUUAUUAUUGUAAUUAUAUAUGUUAGGUUAGAUUUUUCUAUUAGCAAACCAGAACAUGUAAAAAAGGAGUAGUAAUAAGUAAACACCUACUUUUUCUAAUAAAAGUAAUAUGGAAAGUGG